AUGAUCCAUCCAGAGCAAGUCGCCGACAUGCUUCGGCCCAUCACAUCCACCCUCCUGCCAACGGCUACGUCUGUGCCGGGACCGGUCCCAACCGUGAUCCCAACCCCAACAGAGUACCAGACCGUCGGUGAAGCAGGCCGCCGCACCUUAUGGGUGACAUUUGCCCUGAUGGUCCUCUCCUCGGGCCUCUUCGCCCUCCUCUCGUGGAACGUGCCGACCUCGAAGCGUCUCUUCCACGUCAUCACGACGCUCAUCACGAUUGUCGCCUCGCUGUCGUACUUCGCCAUGGCCACAGGGCACGCGACCACCUACAACUGCAGCACUGUCUGGGACCACCAUAAGCACGUGCCCGACACCUCGCACCAGGUCUGUCGUCAAGUGUUCUGGGGCCGCUACGUCGAUUGGGCCUUAACCACGCCGCUGUUGCUGCUGGACCUUUGCUUGCUGGCCGGCGUUGAUGGUGCCCAUACUCUCAUGGCAGUUGUGGCGGAUGUCAUUAUGGUACUGAGCGGCCUGUUCGCGGCGCUUGGAGAGGAAGGAAAGACGGCCCAGAAGUGGGGUUGGUAUACCAUUGGGUGCAUCUCUUACCUCUUCGUCAUCUGGCAUGUGGCGCUCCAUGGCGGACGGACUGUCAGUGCCAAGGGACGUGGUGUCUCGAGAUUGUUUACCGGUUUGGCCCUGUUCACGCUAUUGCUGUGGACUGCGUAUCCCAUUGUUUGGGGAAUCGCUGAUGGUGCCCGCAAAGCAAGCGUCGAUACCGAAAUCAUGAUCUACACCGUUCUCGACUUCCUGGCGAAGCCUGUCUUUGGUUUCUGGCUGCUGCUUAGCCAUCGUGCCAUGCCCGAGACCAACAUCGACCUUGGCGGCUACUGGUCUCAUGGCCUCGCUACUGAGGGUAGAAUCCGCAUCGGCGAGGAGGACUAA